AUGUCAAUAUUAAUGAGAUCUGGAAGCAAAAUUCCAGACAAAAAGAAGGACCUGGUGACAGAUGGGUUCGAAGAAGUAAUUUUGAUGGAGUAGGAAAAAUAAAAUAUCCGCAAAAUGGUUAAAAGCGAAGGAGGUACACAAGAAGAAAGAAGAAAAUCUUUCAUUCAAUCUAUAGCAAUUACUAAAUCAGAAAUAGCUGAAACCAGAAAAGCAACUUCAAUUUAAACAAUAUUUGGUAUCACUAACAGCAUGGUUGGCAGUGUUGCCCUUGUGUUACCACCAAAUAUUUUAAAAGGUGGUCUGAUUAUGAGUUUAAUUUUAAUGACAUUAAUUGGGUUCAUCUCAUACAAAACAUGCACGUAUAUUGUACUUUUCUAAAAAAAGGGAGAAUCAGACUUAUCAGAAGUAGUUGAGAGAAUUUUAGGAAAGAAAUGGUGUAGAUUAUUUUGUAUUACAAGCAGUUUACUUUUGUUUGUAGCAGGAAUUAUUUAUUUUAUGCUUAUUAAUAGUGUCUUGUAUCCUAUAACCAAAUACUUUUUCUACUUAGCAGGUAGUUCUAGCUAUGCAAAUCAGACAACCAUAGAUUUUACUUAGUGGUCUAUCUAAUACCAAGCUAUAAUUUUAAUCGUUCCUUACUUUGUCCUCUUCAGUCUUAGAAAUCUAUCAUUUAUUAUUAAGCUUGGUAAAAUUGGAGUUUUUGCCAUCUUUGUUUAUGGAUUAUUCAUCAUAGAAACUUUCAUAGAAAACAUUGCAAGUGGAAAUGUUAGCAAAUAUUGGGAUAAGAUGACCUAUUUUUCACCUAAUUUUGCCUUAGUUGCAGGAUCUUUUGCUUUAGCCUUUUUUAUUCACAAUAUUAUUUGCUAAAUCAUGUCUAAUAACGAAAAAUAAGAGAAUAACUAGAGAGAUCUAGGUGCUGGAUAUAUGCUUGUGUACAUUAUAUAUGCUUUAAUAGGAACUCUAGGAAGUAUAGGAAUUUUAGGUAGAUUGGAUGAUCUUUCUAAUGCCAAUAUUAUUACCGAUUUCUAUUCAAGUACAGAUAUCUUGCCUGUGAUUGUUGAAUUCCUUUUUCUAAUUUAAUUGAGCACAGCUAUUCCUGUAUUAAAUUUUAUUGCUAGAACUUAAUUCUACAAUCUUAUUUAAGGAGAUGAAGAAGAAAUUAGUGGAAAGCAAUUUUUCUACUACAAUUUAGUAUUUUCUAUUUGUUGUCUUACUUUCUAAAUUUUAUGUGUUAGCCCAAGUAUAGUAAUAGGACUCGAUGGAGCUCUAUGUGGUUUUAUAAUAAUUUACAUGAUUCCUUUUGCUUUAAGAAUAAAAAGCUAGGAUGCUGCUAAUAAUUCUACAGUAGAGGAAGAAGAAGCUGUUGUUUUCGAAGAAGUACAAAACUACUAACCCCCAUAAUUAGUUGAUAGCGAUAUUUCUUAUGGAAGUAUUGAUAAAUCAACACAAGUCAAAUACGCUGAAAGUACAAAAAUAUAGAAUCAUAUUCCCAUGUCUAUUUUUGAAAAAGCUGCUUGGGUAUUGGCUUUGAUUUUUGGUUUUAGUUUAGGUGUUAUUCAAAUCUUAAAUAUCUUUGGUAUUUGA